AAAAGACAACAAAUAUUUGCAUGUGCAAUACACUAAACAUAAAUAGCAUUUCGAAAACCACUGAGCCACCGGAAAAAUGGCUGCGGCCGGAAGCAACGUUCGCUGCAUUAACUACUACGACCUGUGUCGCAUCUGCACGGACAGCAGCGAUCACAAGACGAACAUCUACUCACCCGAGGGACGCGCCAAGAAUCUGAGCCAAAAGAUACUCGAGUGUCUCUCACUGCAGAUCGAUGAAAAGGAUCGCUUGCCCAAAGUGGUGUGCGCCCAGUGUGUGCAGUUGGUGGAGCAAAUCCACGGACUUCGCGCCACUUGCCGUAACUCACAGACCAUGCUAAACAACUGUCUCAAUAUUCGCCCGGCGCCAAGCAGCGACAAGCUAUACAUUCGGGAUGCGGUCGAUGAAACUGGGAAGAGCCUCAGUGUGGCGCAGUCAGCUCCACCAGUUCCUAAUGGAGCUCAGCAGUCCGGAAAUCUCUUGAACAGCAUAAUCCAGGCGGUAAACAUGCAGCCCCAGCAGCAGUACACCAUAACGAUGGACAACGGGGUACAGCAGCAGCAGCAGCAGCAUCAAGCUAUGCCGGAAGUUCAAAUAAAAAGCGAAAGACAGACUGCUUUGGAAGAGUUUAUACGCCUCAAGCCUGACAUCAAGAUAACGCCGCUGGGGAAAAAGGAGCCCAUAUCGCCUGCCAAGCCCCAGCAGCAACAUUCUCUGCAGUCCCAGACAGUAACGCCUACCAUAAACCCUACUCAGUUGCAGUUACAACCGCAGCUAGGCGAUCAACUGCAGCCUUUGUGGCAGCAGAUUCAACAACUUCAGCUUCAGCAACAACUACAGCAACUGACCAACCAGCUGCAGGCUACCACACAGUACUCCGUCGCUCAGGAUGAUACGUCAAGUUCUGGCGACAGUAAAAAGCCAAAGUUGAACUUUGUGCUCUCUUCGCCUACAGCGCCCCAGUUCACCACUUCAAUGCCGCAAUUCGGUGGCAGUCAGCCGCAAAUACAGCUGCAGUUGAUGCCAGGUAGCGGAGGAGUGACAAGUGCAGGGACAGUUCCUGCCCAGACGCAGCUAAAUGCUGCUGCCCUGCUCUCCAGCCUGGCGGGUCCGCAGUCGACAACCAACCUGCUGUCACCAAACAAGUGCUUUCUGCCUAUCACCAUUCGGGACGAGAAUUCGGAUCAGCAGAUCGUGGCGCACAUAGACACCAAGAACCUAGUGUUGCCCACGACAUACCAAGUACAGAUGAAACUUCAGCCUCAGCUGGCCACUGCGGAUGGCCAGCCAAUCAUGCAGCUGACACCAACAUCAAUUCCGGCUACUCUGCAACUGACACCGCAAACAUUGGGCAAUCCAGGAAGCGCCUUCCAGGGCACUACGGUGACGCAAAAUCAAUUUCUGGCGCCGCAACAACCGCUUACCCAACUUCCAAAUACGGCACAAGUGACCUCUCAGCAAAUUAUUAGAUCUCCACAUACCAGCACCACCAAUUCGCAGUUGGUGAUACGGAAUGUGACCAAUAUUCCACCGACUCCCACCACGCCCACUAGCAGCAAGAAAGCCCCCACUUUUAAAACGCCUUCUCCAAAGCAAAAACCGAUGCCAUCGCCAAAGAGCAAAACUACUGUGGGGCCGUCCUCAGGUGGAAGCAAUGGCACGUCCACCAACGAGUUCAAGCGAUUGAUAACCCAGACAAAGCCACAACCGCAGGUGAAGCAACAGCAGACCGCAGGACUCUCUGCGUCAGGCGCCCCGACAGCGACAUCAGCAAAUCAAGCAGCCAUGCAGCGGCUCUCCUCGAAUACAACGAUCACCAAGGUGCCCAAGCAGCCUGCUUCUUUGCCGGCACCAGCUCCCACAUCUAAUCCCGCCAAACUGCCCAUGCUGAACAAACAGAAUAUCACAAUCAGUCGAAUCUCAAUGCAGACAGCGCCAAAGGCGCAAAGUAAGCCCUCUACUACAUCCCCAACUCCUGCUUCACAGCCGAUUCCUGUGUCCGUUCCCGCCCUAAGCCAAGCACAACCACCUCCGCUGGCGGCGCAGCAUAAAAAGAUCGUACGCAAGCCUCCUGAGAACCAGGACACUUCAGGGCAGAAAGUUAAAGCAGCGCGACCGCCGCAGCAGAUCCUUCCUUCUCCACAGCAGGAAGGACAGAACGCGACCCAUUCUGGGAGCGAAGCGCCCACAACUUCUGGCCUCAUAUGCCCCACCUGUAAGCGUGAAUUUAAAAAGAAAGAACACCUCACCCAACACGUUAAGCUGCACGCGGGCCUGCGACCCUUUAAGUGUUCGGAAGAGGGUUGCGACAAGACCUUCAGCCGCAAAGAGCACCUGUCCCGGCACUUAGUAUCCCAUUCUGGACAAAAGAUGUACACGUGCGAGGUGUGCAAAAAGCCCUUCUCGCGAAAGGAUAACCUGAAUAAGCAUAGGCGAAUUCACACGCAGACAUCAACCGAAACCUUAUACUGUUGCGAUGUUUGCAACAAAAACUUUGCCACCAAGUUGCACUACGAGAAGCAUCGGGAGAUGCAUAAGAAAAUUCGACCGGAAAGCGCGGCUCCGGGUGCAACUGCAUCGCCUGCAGCAGCACCUGCGCUAACUCACGUUCGAAGCAAUGGUCAGGUGCCCAAUAAGGCGGUUUUCGAAAUCAAACAAGAACGUUCUGCUCAGCAGACGCAAACACAGCAGCCACCGGCCCAGGUAAUGCAUGUUGUGACUACCCAGGAUCUGGCCGGAAACACAAUAACGAUCACACAAGCUCCCGACUCCAAUAUGCCCGGAUCUCUGGCCAAUUACGUCCAGCUGGGCUUUUCUCAGUUCCAGAAUCCCAGCGCAUCAGUCGCAAAGUAAUUAGUCCUUAAGCUCGAAAAGUGAAUCCACCUUACCUCGUAUCCUAGUCCGCGGUCUAUUCCAACAUCUGGUCGCCAGUUCCUUGUAUUGUAUAGUUUUCGGUAAAUUUUCCUUUUAAUUUUCUUUGUGCAAUAUUAUUUAUAGCAAAUUUGAAGCGCGUUUUCACGUUUCUUUUAUUUCCUUAACUUAUUUUAGUGUUAUAUGUGUUAUUCUUUUUAUCAGUAAAUCGCAAAAGUUUUAUUAGCAUAAGUCCCUAGAGCGUUUGUGUAAAGAUUCCUAUUUUAAGGAUAAUUGUAAGGCAUUGUAAAUAUCUGUGUAUCUAUUAUGUAUGUACAAGCUGUAGCUGUAAACAAUGGUAAAAAUACCUUUUUUGGGUGAAGAAAAUGAUUCCAUUGCAAAAAUAAAUAUAAUGUAUAAUUUAUGGC